UGUUUCCGGCGUCUACUUAUUUACAGUAUCAAUCCAUCCAUAAUCUGAGCCGCCCAUCCUCACAGGGGUCGCGUGAGUGCUGGAGCCUAUCCCGCCAAUCUACGGGCAGAAAGCGGGCUACACCCUGAACUGGUUGCCAGCCAAUCGCAGGGCACAUAGACACAAACAACAACACACAAAUCACACGUACGGGAAAUUUGGAGUCUCCAAUUGAUGAAUGUUUUGCAGCAUAUUAACGCAAACCUAAAGUCUUCUCUUCUACCUCGCCUGGUGCGCAAUGGCUGGAAACUUCUGGCAAAGUUCCCACUAUCUGCAGUGGGUGCUGGACAAGCAGGACCUGAUGAAGGAGCGCCAGAAGGACCUCAAGUUCCUCUCUGAGGAGGAAUACUGGAAGCUGCAGAUCUUCUUCGCCAACGUGAUUCAGGCUUUGGGAGAACACUUGAAGCUGCGGCAGCAGGUCGUCGCCACCGCUACCGUCUACUUCAAACGCUUCUAUGCGAGAUAUUCACUGAAAAGUAUUGAUCCAGUUCUCAUGGCUCCUACCUGUGUUUUUUUAGCUUCGAAAGUGGAGGAAUUUGGAGUGGUUUCCAACACGAGGCUGAUAUCUGCAGCCACGUCCGUGCUAAAAACAAGAUUCUCAUACGCCUUUCCGAAGGAGUUCCCUUACAGGAUGAAUCAUAUAUUAGAGUGCGAGUUCUACCUGCUGGAGUUGAUGGACUGCUGCCUGAUCGUGUACCACCCGUACAGACCUCUUCUGCAGUACGUGCAGGACAUGGGUCAGGAGGACAUGCUGCUGCCGCUGGCCUGGCGCAUCGUGAACGACACCUACAGGACCGACCUGUGUCUGCUCUACCCUCCCUUCAUGAUCGCCCUGGCGUGCCUGCACGUGGCCUGCGUGGUCCAGCAAAAGGACGCCAGGCAGUGGUUCGCCGAGCUCUCCGUGGACAUGGACAAGAUCCUUGAGAUCAUCCGCGUCAUCCUCAAGCUGUACGACCAGUGGAAGAACUUCGACGACCGUAAGGAGAUCGCCGCCGUGCUCAACAAGAUGCCCAAACCCAAACCGCCGCCCAACAGCGAGAACGAUCAGAGCUCCAACGGCAACCAAAGCAACUCGUACAACCAGUCGUAGCGAAGAUUUGAAGGAAGAAAAAAUAAAAAAGUGGUCAGCAGUGGACGGCGCAGCACCGGAAUUGGCCCGCCCCCCUUUUUUUUUUUUUUCCUCCACUGAGCAACUUUAGCGCUUAAAAAGUGAGGAGAAAUAACGACCAUGAUGGUGAACGACAAUCCUGACGUCCUUGAACAUCACGCACAGGAGGCCACACUCCCUUCACACGACAAAACUUGAUCACAAAUGUGGGGGGGGCACACACGAGUGUAGCAAUUGUGUGUCUUACUAACACGUGCGGGUGUGUAACUUGUAUUUGUGUGAGAGUGUUUAUGUGAAUAAUGUGGGUGUGUAUGCGUGUUCUUGUCUCAGGGUGCACCGGUAUUGUCCACUUAUGAUCCGUUCAAAUCAAUUGAUUUUUAACCGCCCCCCCACCCCCAUUUUCUGUAAAUACGCCCCACGUUCAUUCAAUCGCGAUGAUUCCACUUUUUUUUUUUGACGCUUUUAUUCCCUCGAACGUCAACGGAAGCUAUUUUGAUUGUACGUUUGUUUCAGAUCUGCAUCGAUUUCAUGGUAAAAUCCUGUGCACAAAUGCGUGAAUGUGUGUGUGUGUGUGUGUGUACCGUUAACAAGGUACUUUUAAAGCCUUACAAAUAUGAAAGCUGCUGAUAUUUCAUAGAGGACGCAUUUUGGGUGUAAAACCACAGGUGUCGAAACUCGAGGCCCGGGGGCCAAAUCUGGCCCACCAAAUGAUUUUAUGCGGCCCGCAAAGGCCAAUUGUGUUAACAGUUCUUGUAAAAAUCUGUACCGAAAUUUUCAAUCCUCAUAUAUCAUAAAUUGAAACAUGGAGAUAUUACAAGAAUUUGUGUGAUACCAAACAUGAACAAUUAUUGAAAAACUCAUUUCUCUUGAGUUCUGAUUUCCAAAACUAGUUCAUGCAUUUUAUGUGUAAAUAUGAUGAGGUAAUUUUUUAAAGUUUUGACGGCUCUCUGAGGGAAACCGUAACUACAAUGUGGCCAAUGGGGGAAAAAAAAACGAGUUUGACACCCCUGGUGUAAACUGAAAUGUUUUUUUUUUUCAUUUUAUUUCCCCUGGGGGAGGAUUUUGCCUUACUUGUGGUCUUUUUCCCUCGUGACUCUUGUCACAUGUCACUUGAUACAUCUUAAAAAUCUGUGACAUUUUAUAAUAUUGUUUUUAAGUCAUAGAGAAUACAGCAUUCCUUUUUUGGGGGGGAGGGGGCAGGGGGAUUUUUUUUCCUCACUUCCGCCCAUGUCCAUCUGCUACAUGACUGUUGUUCGCUUGAGUCUCAAAAUGUUUAAAAGGGCUUUUUUUUUUUUUUAAUUUCUUUUAUCCCGACCGUAAUAUUCUC